UCCCCAAUCUGACUUAUUCUAAAGCUACUUGCACUGUAGGGCUGUUAUAUACUACAUGUUUAUGACCUAAUGGUUAGCUAUAGACUGCAGUAUUCAAAUAUAAAAGAUGUACACUAAAUUCCCAGAUGCUUCUUUCUCUGACACCAUCCAAAGCUUUGUAUUUUUCAUAACUAAUGUAAUGAUAGUUGUCCAUUACACCUUUAUUAAUUACUAGUAAUGAAAACUUGGUCAACUCUGUUCAUCUUGAUACAUUGGUCUAGUUCAAAAUAAGGCAACAGUAAACAUGUUGUCCCCCACGAAUGAUGCAGAAAUAAGCUAAAGAAAAAGGACAGCGCUCUCCACAUGACCUUUCCAAUAAGUAUUGUGAGAGAGAGAGCUUGGUGAGUUCUGUCUAGUAUGACUGCCGAGUGUAUCACUAACUAUGAUAAAUAAAUAAAAAAGGCAACAGUAAACAUGUAGUCCCCCACGAAUGAUAAAUAUUUCAGAGUUCCCAGUUGUUUUGAACUCGGCAUUAAUCAAGACAGACCUUUUUCGUUAUCUGACACAACUAUAGGGCAGUAGGAUUCACUUUCGUGUAUGCCCAGCAGAUGGCAGUAAAAUACAUUUUAAAGGGAAAUAAAAAAUAUUUCCAAACUUUGUAGCGAGUAUUUUGGUCUUUUCGAGAUUCCGUAUGUGCAACCACAAUAAUAUUCCCCGACUCAUAUAUUUCCAUAGAAAGGUUGCUAUACCGUUUUGAUACUUCUGAAAAGCAUCCAUGUAACUUCAGAUUGUCACCAUGCCACUGACAAAUGCUGAAAAGCAAAGAAGAUACAGACAAAGACUAAAGGAGAAGGGGAGUUAUGAGGAGGUCAAAGAAAAAGACAGAAGGAGGCACAGUUUGAGAAAAGCACAGGCUAAAAGCCAAGGAAAAUGUAUGUUUCUUGUGUUUUGGCAUGAGUUUGAUCAUCAUCUGCUGAAGAUGGAUCAAUAUGGGAGAUAUGAAAGCAGUGGUCAGCCAGAAGAGGUUUCUGAUCACUCACUGCAUUGGAGGCAGGUCAAAGAGGAGGCUGAAGAAUGUGAGAUUCAGCAGAGCCAAGGGUCAGCAGUGUCAUUAGGACUUGAAAUGUCCCAGGUGCUGCCUUCUCCAGUCCCAGUCAAAGAGGAGUCUGAAGAAUGCUCGCUUCUGCCAGUAGAUGAAGAAGAAGUUGCCUCAAUUACAGUGAAGAAAGAAGAGAAUGAAGACUGGUUGAAGUCAGAAGAUGAGGAUGUUGUGAAAGUGUCAGUGCCUUGGGAGCCGUUGGAAACACCAUCAUCAUCAUGCUCAGAUACAGAGGACAGUGAGAUGGAAAGCGAUAAUGUGCGGCACAUGGACACAAAAACCCUCAGUAGAAAGAGGCCAAGAACUGCUGAGGCCAUUCUACCACAGGACCCCCUGGAGUCAGAGGUGGAGGACCUAAGUGACUCAGAAGAUGAUGACCUAGAGUACAUUCCAAAACCAGGAGAUCUGGAGGACGAGUCCCCUUCUAAGCUGACAAAAGGAGAUGCUUCCCCACACCCUAAAACUGCAGAGUAUCCUAAGAGAAAGAAGAGAAAAAGCAGAAACGUAAUUAUAUUGGUUCCUACAGACACACAUAACCACAAUCUCGACACAGUUGUAAGCCCAUGUAAUUCUAGCUCCUUCAAAACACAGCCAAGACAUCCGCUUUGGAAGAAGGCCAACAUAGAUUCCUUCCAAGUUCCAGAUCCAGUGUUUGUGGCACCACAGUGUGUUCAAUCCCCCUAUCAAUAUUUCAAGAUGUUUUUCACUGAUCAGAUGAUUGCACACAUUGCUGAGCAGACCAACCUUUACUCUGUUCAACAGACUGGAUCCGCAAUCAACACAAACUCUGGAGAGAUUGAGGAUUUCUUGUCUAUGCUUCUCUACAUGGGUGUUUUUGACUUUCCAACCUUUGUGGACUACUGGCAUUCUGACUCUCGCUUCCCACCCGUGGCUGAUGCCAUGUCUUUGAGAAGGUUCCAGUCCCUCCGCAGGUAUCUUCACUUCAAUGACAACAUGCAAAGUAAUCACAGUCCUGACCGCUUCUACAAGAUCCGACCUCUUUUUAACAUGCUGCGUCAACAGUGUCUCCUCAUACAGCCAACCAACAGGCAGAACAUAGCUGAAGUCAUGGUAGCUUACAAAGGAACCAAAGCAGGAAAUCUUCGUCAUUACAAAUCUAAUCAGCAUGACAAAUUUGGUUUUAGGUUAUUCUCUCGGGGCAGUUCUUCAGGUAUUAUCCAUGACCUGCUACUGUACCAAGGGGAUACAACAUUUCUCAAUACUGGGCUAGAUGAAGACGAACAGAAUCCUUUGCUGGGUACCAAGGUUGUCACUACCCUCUGUACAACUAUUGCAGAGCCAGAAGCUACAGUUGUUUUCUGUGACAACUACCUCAUCAGUUUUGACCUGGUCAAGUCCCUGCAGGCAAGACUGGGAGUGAGGUGUAUUGGCACUGUGAGAGCAAACUGCACAGGUGGAGCAACUGCAAUGGAUGACAAGGAGCUUGCAAAGCUAGGGCGUGGAGCAUACGACUACUGUUCUCAAGAGGGGGUGAUUGCUGUCAGGUGGUUGGACAAAAAGAGUGUCUCAAUACUAAGCAAUGCAUGUGGAAUUGAACCUUUGGGGUCUGUUAGGCGGUUCUGUAGGGAGACCCAUCAAAAGAUUGAUAUCACAUGCCCAUCAGUCAUGUCGGCUUACAUUCAAGCAAAGGAGGGCAUCGAUCUGUCUGAUAUGCUGGUGCGUCUGUACAAGACACCUAUGAAGGCACACCGGUGGUAUCAUCCUCUGUUUGGAUACAUCCUUGAUCUGUGCAUUGCCAAUGGUUGGCUGAUGUACAAGCGGGACUGUGACCUUCUCAACGAAAAACCAGUGCACCUAAAAAGGUUUCGUUUGUCUGUGGCAGGGACACUGAAAGUAGUCAACAAACUCCCAGCCAGGAUUGGCCAACAAUCAGUUCUUCCAAAUCCACACACAACUCCAAAGCGGCGGCACAAUCCCAGAGCCUUACAGCCUACAGCAGAUGUCCGCUAUGACUGCCUUGGACACUGGCCUAUCUUUGGGGAACAGAGAGGAAGGUGCAACCUGUGCGUCAAGGGCGUCUCGAGGUGGAAGUGUUCCAAGUGUGGUGAUGGAAAGUUGUUUUUGUGUCUGAACAACAAGCAGCAGUGCUUUGUGUGUUAUCACCAGAAGUGAUCAUUAUCAGAGCAAAUUAAUUGUAUGUUGGAUUUUUGUUACAUAAAAAAAUAUUUAUUAAAAAACAUUACUGUUUUUGUUGUAUUUCUAUUAUAUGGAGGUUUCCGUGAAGUUGAUGUACAACUUAAUUGUUAUCACUGUUUCAACAUUGAUGCUGUUGUUAAUUGUGGCCAUUUUUGCUGUUACUGUGAUGCCUAUAAUGUUGUAUAAUUUGGACUAGCAUGAAGUAAAGGUAACUUUUUUACUUAUGUUUUACUUAACUUGAACAUGUUUUUGUAUUAUUGUUUCAUAAUGACAUGUACAUUUACUAAGGUUUACUGAAUGAUUUGCAUUUUUGUGUUGUACAAAUAAAAAUGCGCUACUUGUUUCUCACUGUU